AUGCCAACCCUUAAACAGCUAACCUGCCAUAUCGAAUGGGCUAACUGUAGCAUACCAUUCAAAGAAUAUGGCGUCACUUAUCGAGACGGGUCUGUUGAAUGCCUUGUUCCUGUGCAGCCCGCCUCGACACCAUUCUCUAUCCGGCUCACUUCCAGUGGAUACAUUGCGCCCGGUUUGGCGAUGUUUGUUUAUAUGGAUGGCGUCUACCAAUGCAAUCGCAACAGGGAUGAUCUCAUUUUAAAAAAGGGGUGUAAAGUACAACUUAUGCCGGGUAUGCCCGAAGUCAACAAAUCUCAUUUCGAUAACUUAGGCGAAAUAUGCGUUGUUGUUCUUCGAUGUGAGUCACGAGAUGAUCAAUCAUCAUUUGAGGGUUCUCUCACUCCAGAAUCAGCUAUGGCAUUUGGGCCAGAUUUGGACGAUUUUCAGAGCGUCUCUAGCGAAGAAUGCCUACUCAAUCCUAUCAAUACAACCAAAGAAAAUGAUACAAGUUGUGGGUUUAUGGGAGGAUUGUUUGACGGGGCAAAUGACACUAGGCACUGCGGGAAUAAUAUAAGUUGCUGCAAAUCUUGCGAUCAUGAUGAACCUAAGACUCAUCGUGAGAGCCGUGGCCACCGUCACGAUAAUCAAUCGUCCAUAAACAACAGGGAUUCCAGACGACGCCAUCCAAAUCCUGCGAGGUCACAGCCCCAGUGUCGAGUCCACUGGAAAGAUCAGCCUGAACUAGAACAGGAAUCAGACUGGGAUAAUGGAUGGGAGUCGUAUGAUACAGAGUCCACUGCAAGCUCCGACCGUGUCUGCCAAGGAUAUCGAUAUUAUCGAUCAAGUGGCCCUACCAACCCGAGCCCUAGGCAGGAAGCUGAGGAAUCUGAUAGCCCUCGUUCUUGCAUACGUGAACAUCGCUCUAAGCCAAGACAAUACCUCCCUUACAGGGCAAAACAAGAUCAAAGCUCAGGAUGGAAGAUUCGGAAAGGUUCGGGGAAGCUAUCUUCAGAGGAGCCCAAGGGACCCCAGAAUCUCUUGUCGGAAGAAAUACACAGCGGUACCCGUGGAUGUGCUCCUUCCAUUGUUCUCAAUGUUAACUCAGCCCAGCCGACGCAGGAGAUGAACCCAGUAAUCAAUCAUACUUGCCACAACAAUGAUAAUACCCUAUCAACGAAUGACGAUACUGGUACAGGAAAUGAUGACGGCGAUUUAAAUACCUCAAAUGAAAAUCAGGAUAACAAUGGUUCAUCCUGGGAUAAUAAUAAUGAUCAAGGUAAUUCGAAUUGGAAUAAUGACAACAAUGAGACUUCUGCCGGCUGGAAUAACCAGGACAGUCAAAAUAAUACUAUGAACGAUAGCUGGGAUCAAGGGCAAGGGGAUCAACAAAAUAAUAAUAAUAAUACAGAUGAUUGGGACAAAGGUAAUACCAACUUCGAUUCUAAUGCCCAAGGCCAGCAACAAAGUACUUCCUGGGAUAACGGUAAUCAAUAUAAUGGCCAAGAGUGGAUGGCGCGAGGUGCAACAACGGGUAAUGGUGAUGCCCCAGCAGCGGGCUGGCUAAACAACAAUUCCAACGACAACCAUGGACACAAUAACGAUGGCCAAUGGGCCCCUAUGGCUAGCCCAAAUAAUGGAUAUAACAAUCCUCAGCCAGGUCCAGCAAGCCCACUUCCCGUUCCAGUCCAAGCCCAGGGUCCGAUAUGGGAGUCCCCACCGCCCAUCCAAAGAGUUCAUACUCUAAUUACUCCAUUUUGUCAGGGACCAGAGGCCAGUGAGCCUCCAUUAUAUACUGCUCCUGAGCAAGUUGCGCAAGAACGAGCGCUAUCUCACCAGGUGCAGGUUGGUAGAUCUUCAAGGUACUCUCAUAAAAUCAAAGUACCACAGUAUAUUGAUACAAUGGAGGAGCCUUACGCAAAAUUCAUCUUCAAAUAUCGGGUCAAAGGUGUUGUUGAGUCAGAGAUUGGCAAGCCGAUUGAACGAGAUGUUGAAGCCGAAAGAAAACUUCUCGAAUCUCUUCCUCGAGAGGAGAUUCUAAAGCAACUCCUCCACGCUCAGGGAUUACUGGCUGCUCAAACUCUUGGGCAAACAAUGGUAACACCGGCUCAGGGGCAACCUCAAGUCUCUAGCCCGCAGCAGAUCCAGCAUCAACACUCCAAUUCAAACAACCAGCAAUAUGUGCCGGCUCAACAUCAAAGUCCCCCUGGGAGCAAACAUGGUCGCGUUCACCACUCCAAUCAUGGUUCACAGUCUGGUCCUUCGCAUUGGAAUAGCGCUCCAGCUCAGGAACAGGUUUUCACCGUCCCGUCAAAGCUCACAGGCUAUAAUAAUAGGGCGAUUAAUCCUCCUCAGAGUCCCCCGCAGAACAAUAACUUGGCAGCUGCCCUCACUACUGGGUUACAGAAUGUUCAACAACAGCAGCAGCAGCAGAGUUGGUCCAAGGGCAGUAAUGAUGCUCCUAGCUGGAAUGCCCAGGCUACACAGGAUGAUUCCGGUGGGAAAUGGUGA